UACAUUCCCUGUGGACACCUUAUAUAUGCGUUACCCGAUACCUCUUUCCCCUUAAAAAUCACCCUGUAUAAAACUGUAGCUGCCACGGAUCACAACAGCAUUCAUCAGGGCUGGACAUAGAUGACUGGACGGCCCAACAUGAAGACACUUCUGAUUCUCUCCUUAGUCGCUGUACAGAGUCUCACAGUUUUAUCGGAUGGUGGAUGCGUUGCCUGCAAGGAAGGGGCUCCAGUUUGUAACACUACAUAUACGCCACCAGGGCCAGUCCCGGAAGCCUGCAACACUGUUCAUUUGGAUCUGUGCAGGAAAUACGGUGAUUACAAACUUUCCUGUUACUAUGGAGACGAGUUUCAUAGCAGUUCGUUCGACUGCACCGUGUCAUGCAUCAGCUCCACAAUAUCAAUCCCUUCCUUGACAACACUGUUCCUGACAUCUGCAGUUCUUACUCUGUUUAUGAAAUCGGUGUAGUAACUGGCUGCCAUUGUUUGGCUCUGAAGUGGAAUGUACCAAUACACAGACUGCCAUCACCGCCUUAGAGAGAAAUGUAAUCAAAUUACUUUGUCGGAAACUCACAAAGUAUGACAACAAGUAACAAAUAUAAUUGACAAAUAUAAACUAUAGUCAUGGCAUUUGAUGAUCUGCCGUUACAGUAAUGCUGUUUAUGGACUCAAAGCAAUGCAGAUACAUAAAUACUCUGAUACAAAUUAAUAAAUAAAAAUGAACGUAUAAAAAAGAACUUGUUUCUUCACCUCAUGUCUGAGAGAAGGAGUAUUAUUGUAUCGUUUUGCAGAAAUUAAAAUGAGAGAAACUAG